AUGGACCUCCGAGCAAAAGCUGUUCCCAACGUCGACCGACUUGGAGUUCUUCUGAUGCUUUUCCAUAUAGUAGCUCAAAUCAUUGCAGAACAAGAAGUGGAAAAUCUCUCAGGCCUUUCCACUAACCCUGAAAAAGAUAUAUUUGUGGUGCGGGAAAAUGGGACGACGUGUCUCAUGGCAGAGUUUGCAGCUAAAUUUAUUGUACCUUAUGAUGUGUGGGCCAGCAAUUAUGUCGAUCUGAUCACGGAACAGGCUGACAUCGCCUUGACCCGGGGGGCUGAAGUGAAGGGCCGCUGUGGUCACAACGAGUCGGAGCUGCAGGUGUUUUGGGUGGAUCGCGCAUACGCGCUCAAAAUGCUCUUUGUGAAGGAAAGCCACAACACGUCUAAGGGGCCUGAGGCGACGUGGAGGAUGAGUAAAGUGCAGUUCGUCUACGACUCCUCAGAGAAGACCCAUUUUAAAGACGCUGUCAGUCCUGGGAAGCACACAGCCAACUCACAUCACCUCUCUGCCUUGGUCACCCCAGCUGGGAGAUCCUAUGAGUGUCAAGCCCAGCAGACCAUUUCACUGGCCUCCAGUGACCCACAGAAGACAGUCACCAUGAUCCUAUCAGCAGUCCACAUCCAGCCCUUUGAUAUCAUCUCUGAUUUUGUCUUCAGUGAAGAGCACAAAUGCCCAGUGGACGAGCGGGAGCAGUUGGAGGAAACCUUACCUUUGAUUUUGGGGCUCAUCUUGGGUCUGGUCAUUGUGGUGACGCUUGCAAUUUACCACGUCCACCAUAAAAUGACAGCCAAUCAGGUGCAGAUCCCUCGGGACCGAUCGCAAUACAAGCACAUGGGUUAG